AUGAUUUGGCCAAACUGUUGUUUUAUUAUUCAACGUGUUAAAAAUAAAAGCAAUAAUGAUAUUAACAAUGGUUAUGGUAAUGUGGCUACGGCUAUUUGGUUAGAUGGUCCUAGAUGGAGUUGGAACGAAGAAAUUUUAAAAUGGCAAAGAACCGGUGAAACUAUAGUUGCGCUUAAAAUAAUGGAAAAAACCAAAAAUAUUAAUUCAGAUUAUUUUAACGAGGCCGAAAAGAGACGCAUGAUUAUGUUACGACAACGUGAACAAGCUCUUAUUUCUAAAAUGAAUGCUAAAUAUGCUAAAUUGGAAUUACAUAGCGGAAAUGUUAAUGUAAAUGAAUUACAAAAAGUUCAUCAACAAGCUUAUUAUUCAAGUCGACCGAUACCAAUUGUAGUCACCUCACCAAGAAUAUCAGACUUUCAUUAUUAUUAUGAUGGUGGUAAACCUAAAUCAACAACGGUAACAAAAACUACGGGCGUAGGAAGCGAUGAGACAUCGUAUCCAUUACAUGUGUCGAGUGAUUCUUGUGUAAUAUCUUAA